AUGCGGACUCGAAGUCAGACCACGGAACGGCAUGAGAGCAGGUCUCCUGUCCCUGGGCCGGGGAUGCCGCUUGAACGCCCACGUGAAAAGACAGUUACUCCAUCAACGCAGUCGUCGGUUCUCCCCGGGUGGGAUAAAGGAAUCAAAGACCUGACAGAAAUCCUCGAAAAAGAUAUGGAAUAUUCUGGGACUGUAUUCAAAGUCCGCGGGGAACAAUACCGUGACUUUGGUAGUCUUGUCCUUGCACUCGGCAGAAAGGACGUGCAGGAAGAUCCAGAGAUUCUGAAAAUAUUGAGGUUUAUUUUUGAGAAUGCCCUGAACCGCAACGAUACAUUUCAGAAGGUACUGGUGAGACUGCACGAGAUGGCACGGAAUGCCCCUGGGUUUGCUGAGUUUGAAUCAUCCGAUGAAUACCAACUUGAGUGGGUUGAGGUGCUGAACGCAUGCAAAAAAUACAUCCAGACUCGCAAUUAUCGCAAAGAAAACGAAAGACGUGCCAUUUCCGGACGCGAGAGCCUUGUCGAAUGUUGGCCGCGCCUUGGUCCUUGCCUUGUCGAGUUUGCUGCCACCUCUCAAUCCCGCGGUAGGUUGGUGUCGGCUUUUCGGGCCAAGGUACGCCAUAACGAACAGGUGGUAAUCAAGCGGCUAAACCGUGCCAUCAUGAAUCGUUUGACCACAUUUUCUUCCCGCCACGGAUAUAGGAAGUUGCUGGUGAACCCCCAGAAUAGUGAUCUGGAUGAUGCCAAAGCGUUGCCGAGCGAUUUCUCCCCUGUCACCCAGGAGGAAGCAAACGAAUUCGGUGUCACCUUGAACAAGGACGGAAUAUUGGAGUAUAACCAAACCAGCAUUCCCAUGACCUAUGCAUCAACACCACCGCCGUCCUGCGCGGUGACACCUCAAGGCACAAAUGACGGUUUGGCAGUUGGAGGUGCACAGAUAGCGCCGACUCCCUACACUCCAACUGCGCUUAGCGCUUCCUCGGACGGGGUUGAUCAGAUUGGCGGUUGUGCAGAUUUUGCUCUCGAGCAGUCAAUCUUGAGCGAACCUUCCAAUAAUACGGAACUGUCCCUACAAGACAAGCAAGCGACGGAAUCUGUUGCUUACAGCGACAUGCCAGCUUCGGAUGUGGUCCAAGAAGAUUCCAACACCCCUGACACACCUGGCGGUCUUUCCUCCAAUACUCCUGAUACACCUGGUGCCUCAUCCUCCAACACCAUUGAUACACCUGGUAGCUCUUCCUCCAACACCCCUGAUACACCUGGUGGCUCAUCCUCCAACACCCUUGAUACACUUGGUGGCCCUUUCUCCAACACCCCUGACACACCUGGUGGCCCUGCCGCAACCAAUUGGCAUAGGAGGAGGAUUGCAGAGGUAGAGGAAUCCCAACGGUCGUCUCCUGCAAGCGAUGGGCGAAGCAUGUCCAUUCACCAUCAGGAGAUAGCAGCAUUCAAACGUCCAAAGGUCUCCACCCUAAUUCCCGCUACGGUUGAUACCCCCGUCUCAAGACACCGGACCCGGACCCAGACGAUCGAUGUUGAACAUUCUGACCAAAAUCCCCCUGGGAUCUGUAUUGCUUCAGGCACGGUGCCCCCGACCAACAGUGUCAGAGCAAAUGGAGGAACAACGGUCGAAUCGGUUUCAGAGGCUCCAUCCAGGAGGAGCCAGGCCAACGACCUUAAUAAUCUCGCGCUUCCUGACCGGGGUGCUUCUGCUGCGGCUCCUGACAGGCAUCUGACCGGUUCUCCGGAUUUACGUGCCCCAGGGCCUUCAAGCGGCCACGCAUCAGGUCUGUCCUGUGCCAUUACACCGUUCGCGCUCGGCAACAACACCAACCGGUCCAGCUCAACCCCUUCUUGUUCGGAAAUGCUUACAAAUGCGGCAGCACAAGUCUUUGCGGACAUGGGGGCACGCGGACACUACAAAUCCAAGCCGCGACACUACAAAUACGAGCCGCAUGACAUCCAUUUCUCUGAAAAGGAAGUGGAUUGGGACGGCUUGAUUGAUGAAUUAAACCCAUCAAACAGUGAUGUACGUGCCGAGCUCUCCGAGCACGGGUUUAUUGACUUCGAGGGCAUGGUCGCGGAUCUAUUAAAUGCAGGUGGUACCAAUCUAGCCUCUGAGGCAUUGCGGGAAGCAGAACUUGUUAAGGACCACAUCCUAGAUAAUGGUCCGCAGCUAUACGCGAUGCAUUCCCUGGUCAUUCAGCAAAUUCUUAUGGCGGACCCCAAGAUAUAUGCAAUGAAUGUGUGUCUAAGACCGGAUCACAAGUAUAGGCUAAGGGCAUACCAUCAACCCGCCAUCUAUACCUCUUCGUCCUCGAGUGAACCUGAUGUCAGCGAAGAAUACUCCUCUCAAGUCCAGUAUUGUCAUAUUGAUAAAUUCAAGGACAGCCUAACAUGUUUCAUCCCCCUCCUUGAUGAGGAUGAUGACUGUUGCGAUUGGAUACUAGAUGGAGUGGGCAUCGGAGACCCUUCCAUCCAGUAUUCUCGUGAAUAUCGGAACUAUCUGGCAAUUUUCCAGGCAGAAGACCCGCCAGUGGACCAGACAUGUCACCGCAGAAUUGAUGUGACAGGGUUUAUUGAGUCUAUGGGAGCACGCGGCCGCUACAAGGAACGGCCUUGCCCGCUAAAUGUUGGAACUGUUCGGUUCAUGUCUCCAAAUGUUCCACGAGCACACCGCGGGUUUGGCAAUCGCCUGGUAGUGCAGUCCACUCUUGUUGCUAUAAAUGAGCGGACUGGAGAAGUGGAAAAUGAGGUAGCUGCAGAAAGCCUCGCCGAAAUGCAUCGAUCCCAUGAACCGUGUAAACAGGGCCCAUGGGGGGACUUCAAUACACGGCGCUCUGUUGGAAAAUGGGAAGGCUGGACCACAAUCCGCGGCGUUUCUCCCAUAUCAGAUGCGAUUUAUGGCUAUGCUUCAUGGGAAGAUGAUGAAGUCAUUGCUCAGCUCAAGAUUCUGUUUGGAAAAGACCCAGAGGCCCGGCAACAGCUGAUUACUCAAACACGCCAAGUGGCUGCGCAUAAAGCCAUUGCUGCUAUAACUAGUUUCUGCCACAAGGAGCAGCUUUUGUUUCCUGGCAAACAUCCCCGAGUGGAUAGCCAACCGGCGCCAGUUGAAGCGGCCGAGCAGGACUUACCAACACCACCUGCUGAGCCAGUUUCAGGCCAACGUCCAUCGCGUGCGAAACGUACCGCGCGUGGUACAGCAAAUGGCAAUCCUGUUGCUUCGGCUUCGGCUCCAGCCAAGCGGCGCCGACGCCGGUGGUGA